AUGUCCCUAGAAUUCCAAAGAAUCAAACCUAAAAGGUUUCCAAAGAAGAGCUUUAAGCACUCUUAGGAGUCAAGGUACUGGAAGAAAUACCAAAAUGUGCUGAUGGAGAAGGAUGAGAGCAUGCAGAUAAAUGACAUCAGCUUUUGCAAAGGUGAAAAGCCUUACCUAAUGGCAGCUGCUAUCUCAGCUAGAGUAGAUAUCUACUCACUGACUUAGCCUGAAGGAGAAGAUUUUGAUGAUGAUAAACUAAAGCCAAUGAGUUAGCUGUAUAAGUUUAAGGAUGCAGUGAGUGCUAUUAAAAUGAGACAAGAUGGCAAUCUGCUGCUAGCAGGAGAGAAGUCAGGCAGAAUCUAGCUCUUUGAGAUAAAGAAUAAGUUCAUUUUGAAAACCUUAGUUGAGAACUAAAGUCAGAUUAAUGGCUUUGAUUUCAAGAGCAAUAUGAGGGAGUUCGUGGCUUGCUCUAAUGAAUCAGGUAUCAAGUACUUUGGAAUUGCAGAGCCACAAUCACUGUUCACGAUUAAGAACGCUCACAACGAUAACAUCAAGCGUGUUUAGUACGUGAGUGACAACCUUAUCCUUAGUGGAAGUUAGGACAAGACUGUUAAGCUCUGGGACUUAAGAAACUACACCAGUCCACUCUCAAGUGCGACAUUUUAGUAUUCAAUUGAGGACUUUGUCAGCUACAGAGAUAACACAUAUGCUGUGGCCUCUGGGAAUAUAAUCAGUUAGCUAUGUAUUGAUGAACAGUCUCAGCUUAAAAUACAGAGUGAGUUUAUUGCAUUCUAGAAGCCAGUUAUGAGAGUUUAAUAUGAUAAGACUAGAGAUAGAAUCAUGGCUGGAGGUCUAGACAACUAGCUUAAAUUUUUCCAGAUUGAUGAGAGCAGUGACCUUAAAGUGUCCUAUAAGAUCAAAGUGCCCUCAGAGAUAUUUGCAUUAGACAUAUCUUCUGAUGGAAAUCAUUUUGCCCUCGGACUUAAUACUGGCUCACUUAUCAUAAAGUCAAAAUUAAUCGAGUAAUUAGAAGAAGAAGAUGAAGAGGCGAAGUUGAUGAAGUCCUUUGAGCCAGAAUUCAAGUCAAAGAGCAAAAACUACAAGUAUUUCUAUAGAGGCUAAUAUGUUACUCCUUCUCUAGAUGAUAUGAUUGCCACACAAAAGCAAAGAAAGACUAAAUUGCAGGCAUACGAGACCUUCCUUAAGAAAUUUCAAUACAAGCAAGCACUCCUAAGUGCUUUGAAUCUAGGUAAUCCAGAAGUGAUCCUCGCAUUGCUAGAAGAACUUAUUGAAAGAGGAGGUCUUGAGUUAUCUCUAAGCAACUACAGUGAGAGUGAGCUGAUUAAACUACUGGAAUUCCUGACUUAGAAAGGCUUUGACCACAGAUAUCAACUGAUAUUGAUUGAAAUACUCAGGAUAGUGCUUGAUAUGUACUCAGGGGUAAUUGGGAACUUCUCAUAGAAGGUGGACAACAUAGUGUUCAAGAGACUUAAGAAGAGCAUUGAGGAGUAGAUAACACUUACCUCAGAUCUCACAUAGCUAAGUGGAUAAAUUGUAAGAUAUAUUCAUCGGUAAAAUACUAUUUAGGAUAUGAUAUUGGGUAGUUUCUAGUUCAUGAAUAAGAUUCCAAGUCAAAUCAGCUAGAACUGA